AUGUGCACAUACGUCUACACCCUGCACAAGGACUGCAUGCACAAGCAGUACCAAAACAUUUUCGAGUGCGUCUCGGCGCGCGACGGCAGCCGCAGCACGCUCUAUUGCAUCCCCCACGGCAACCUGACACUCGACCACACCAUUCACCUGCCCGACAUCCAGACCCAGGAGAUUCCGAACCCGAUGUGCGCCGGAGUGGGCAGGUACGCUACAAGGCCUGUGACGGGAUGCUGCGGUGCGUGUAAGAGGAAGGAGAGGGAGGAGAGGGCUGUUGAAGCCAAGGAAAUGAUGGCUGACGGGGAUGAUGAUCUAGAUGCCCAGCGAGCUCAGGGGGGUACGGAUACGGCGGCGGGUGUUCGGACGAGCAUUUUGGGAUUGGAGACGCUGGUUGCUUCGACGAAGCGGAUGGAUUUGGAGGAUUGA